AUGUCUGAAACCAACAUCAAGUUCACCCGUACCAUCCUCCGCGGUUCAUCGCCUAGCACUGUUAGGCUCGAGAGCCGGGUUAGAGAGUUGGAGGAUCUUCUGGACCUGGAACGCGAUGGCCGUGUCCGCGCCGAGCGAAAUGCCAACGAGCUGAGCAUCCAGCUCGAGGCGCUCUCUGAGCGUCUGGAUGAACUGAGUGGAAGCUCUUCUCUAGUGGUAAGUGCGAUGUCUUCUUAUUUUUUAACCCCCUGCCUAUCCGAUUACCACGCUCUGUUUUUAAUUGUUCUUCUUUAA